AGUUUGUUCCCCUGUCUCUCUCUCUAUUGGUGUCAGUAUGUUCCCCUGUCUAUCUCACUAUUGGUGUCAGUAUGUUCCCCUGUCUCUCUCUCUGUGUUUGUGUCAGUUGUGUCCCUGGGGUUUAUUUUGAGGUCUUAUCACAGCUGUUCUAUAUGUGGGCAAGACCCCCCACCCCCCACCCUCUCUCGCUCUUUUCCUCCUUCUCACUUCUCCUUUUCUUUCUCAUAUACCCAGGACCUUCUGUCUAUCAGAAUGGAGACUUGUCAGGUGAGUGGCCAGGAGGAGCCAGCCCAGGGUCAGGGUCAGGUGGACUUGACAGAGGACCUGAGCAAGCAGCUAGAGGACAUCAUCAGUACCUACCAGGAGGCCAGUGAAGAGCCCACAGAGCAGGAGGAGGUGGAAGACGAGGCGCUGAAGGAGCAGGUCACUAAGAAGAGCUCCGCCAAGGACCAGAAACUGGAGAAGAAGAUGCUCAAAAGUCUUGGUAAAGAGGCCAUGCUAUUGAUGCAGAGUUUGAACAAGCUCGGCACUCCAGAGCAGAAACUGGAGGCCAUCAUCAAGAAACAUGCUGAGCUGCUGGAUGAACACCGGGGUGACCAGAAGCAGCUGAAGUUUCUGCAGAAGAAGCUUCUCCAGGUGAUGAAAGAGAAGGACCAGCUCCAGAGUGAACACAGCAGGGCUGUUCUGGCCCGCAGCAAGUUGGAGUCCCUGUGUAGGGAGCUGCAGAGACACAACAAGACCCUCAAGGAGGAAACCCUCCAGAGGUGUAGGGAGGACGACCUGAAGAGGAAGGAUAUCACCACUCACUUCCAGAGCACGCUGACGGACAUCCAGGCCCAGAUCGAGGACCACAGUACCCGCAACACCAAGCUGUGUCAGGAGAACACCGACCUGGCAGAGAAACUUAAGAGCCUCAUCUCCCAAUACGACGCAAGAGAGGCAAACCUGGAAAAGGUGUUCAAACAUAGAGACCUGCAGCAGAAGCUGUUGGAAACCAAACUUGAACAGGCAAACAUGAUCAUUGCAGAGGGAGAGGAGAAGCACAAGCGAGAGAAAGACCACUUGAUAAAUAAGGCCGCACGGUCGCAGGUGAAGGUGCAGAUUCUGAAAGAACAAGAGGAAGGGAUGCAGGCCCAGAUUUCCAUGUACUCCGAAAAGUUUGAUGAAAUCCAGGGGACUGUGUCAAAGAGCAAUGGAGUGUACGCCAGCUUCAGACAGGACAUGGAGAAGAUGUCCAAGAAGAUGAGGAAGCUGGAGAAAGAGUCUAUUCAAUGGAAAAGCCGUUUCGAGGGCUGCAACAAGGCUCUUAUCGAUAUGCUCACAGACAAAACCUUGAAGGAGAAGGAGUUUGAGCUGUUCACCUUGAAGACUCAGAAGCUGGAGAAACUGUGCCGGGCACUGCAGGAGGAGAGGAACAGUCUCUCUCAUAAGCUCCAGGAAGCCAAUCCAGCAGCUGCCACCAGUGUAGCGGAGACAAAAGAGAAGGAGAAUCCAGAGGUACCUGCUACUGAAAAGCCCAGUGAGACACCCUCUGAAAAACCCAGGGCUAUUGAAACCCCUGUUCCUAUAGAGACCCCCGCAGUCGUAACUCCUGCUACUGAAAAUCCCGCUCCUGCAACCCCCCUGACCAGAGAGCUGGCUGACCUGAAGGCCCAGAAGGCCCGUCUACAGGAGAUUCAAAUGUCCUUCACCCUUUCCAACGUCGUGCCGCCUGAGUUCUUUGACAACCAGGAAGAGGAGGAGACCACCACAGAGCCACAUGGACACACUGAGGCCCCAGUGGCCAGUAACGAGGCAACCAAGGCCCCAGAGAAGAAUCACAUAGAGAGGUGUAACGGAGACAAGACGACAGAGGAGACCACCAGCCCAUCUUCUUCUGCCGCAGCAGCUGAAGAAGACGAAGCCCAGGAGCAGAGAGAUAGGGAUAUGGAGUCAGUUGACUAGACUAGGGUUGGUGUAGUUACAGUAGGUUACAAUCAGAGAUGGAAACCAUGUGAUCAUAACUUGUUUGAAUGGAAUUUUUAAGAAUAAACAAUAAAAACGUG